AUGCGUUGCACCUUGCGACCAAAGCAAAACAUCCGAGAGCAGCGCAAGCAAAGGAAGGAGUUGCCUGGCGACAGCCAUCACCGCCGCAUAGCUAUAUCGUGUCAUCUUCCCUAAUCCCUAUAAUGCACACCUUUCCUGUCCCCUACUCAAUCCUUGUCGCUCAAAGAUCCCAAGGGUGCAGAGCAGCAGCGUCUCUGUACGUCUAUCAACAGCAGUUCGGCAAUGCAGGCGGCCGCCGCCUCGGCGCCGGCGCCGCGCCACCGCGUGUACACGGCCGUCGAGCCCCGGUGCGAGUGGGCGCGCACGGCCGACGCCGACACCCUCGUCGUCGACGUCUCAGGGUUCAUGAAGGAGGAGCUCAAGGUGCUCUACAACACGAGCCGGAAGCUGAAGGUCGCCGGCGAGCGCCCCGUCGGAGAAGGCGGCGGCGCGCGAUGGGCGCGGUUCCUCAAGUCGUUCCCGGUACCGAAGAGCGUCCGUGCCGGCGGCAUCAGGGCCGUGAUGGACAAGGAGCAAGCCGUGCUCUACGUCAUCCUGCCCAAGGGGUCAUCACAACCACCACCAGGUCCUCCACCGCCGCCGCCACCACCGUCGUCGUCCAUGGCCGCGCAGAAGGAGCAGCAGCCUGGAGGCGCCCUGCCCCUGCCGCACGGAGAGCGGAAAGGCGAUGGCCCGUCGGGCGGCAGCAGCAGCAAUGGCGGCUUCUGGAGCGCCCAAGAGGACGCAGGGAAGAACAGGGCUGAAGAGAAGAAUGCGGCACCGAAGGAGACCAGGAUUCAGAUACAGGAGGAGGAGAUUGGCACACCAGAUGCACCAAGAAACGAUGGUGGUGGUGAUGGUGACAAGAGGUGGUGGGAGAAGCUUACGCCUCUGCACGUGGUUGGCUUCAUUGUUAUCGUCCUCGCGGUGGUAGGAAUUGGUGCACUGUAUGCAACGCUGCUACUCUGAAUCAUGUGUAAAAGACUACAACUUCUGUAACCUGCCUGACUAACUGAACAGAUUCAAAAAUGAGCAGACAACUU